CUCUUCUUCUAACUCAUAACUAUUCCCUUUCUCUCUCUCUAUCUCUUUCCAAAUCCCCCAAAUUUAAAUUUCAAAUUCUUUUUCAUCUACAAAAUCCAAAUCCCAUUUUUUGUAUGAUCUGAAAACGGGUGUUUUCAUUAUAUUCUGAUUCGGAGGAGAGGAGUUUAGAAGAAGAAGAUGGCGAUUACCAGAAAAGAAAUGGAUCGGAUCAAAGGCCCAUGGAGCCCAGAAGAAGACGACGCUCUGCAAAAGCUGGUCCAGAAACAUGGCCCGAGGAACUGGUCUCUGAUAAGCAAAUCGAUUCCGGGUCGGUCCGGUAAGUCUUGUCGGUUGAGAUGGUGUAACCAGCUGAGUCCACAGGUGGAGCAUCGGGCUUUUACGGCGGAGGAAGACGAGACCAUAAUCCGUGCCCAUGCCCGGUUCGGUAACAAAUGGGCCACCAUAGCCCGACUCCUCAAUGGUCGAACCGAUAACGCUAUCAAGAACCACUGGAACUCGACGCUGAAACGAAAGUGUUCGACAAUGUUUGAGGAGAGCAAUGGCCAUGGCGGCGGCGGAGGGUACGAUAGUAAUUAUCCACAGCCUCUGAAGAGAUCGGUCAGUGCCGGUUCGGCUAUGCCGGUCUCGACCGGACUUUACAUGAACCCUGGGAGUCCGUCCGGAUCCGAUGUGAGCGAUUCCAGCGUACCGGCGGCUCUAUCCCCUUCUCAUGUGUACCGACCGGUGGCGAGAACCGGCGCAGUUCUACCUCCGGUCGAAACGGCGUCGUCAUCGAAUGAUCCACCGACUUCGUUGUCGCUCUCUCUCCCGGGUGUUGACUCCUGUGAGGUUUCUAAUCGAGUUGUUGAGUCGAUCCAGAACUCGUCGAUGAUGAACCUGUUACCGGCGAUGAAUCCGUCUCUUCCGCCUCCGGCUCCGGCGGUUGCGGCGGGGAGCAACGGUGAAGGUGAGAAUGGGGUUUUCGUGCCGUUUAGCAAGGAGUUAUUGGUGGUCAUGCAGGAGAUGAUAAGGAAGGAGGUGAAGAACUACAUGGCUGGAAUGGUGGUGGAGCAGAAUGGAGCUUGUCUGCCGCCGCCGCAAACCGCCGUGGAUGGGUUUAGAAACGUUGCUGUGAAGAGAAUCGGAAUUAGCAAGAUCGAGUAGUAAUAGUAGUAGUAGUAAUGGGUAUUUUUAUUACUAUUAGUCGGUAGAAGUAGUAGCUGUUUGGUUACCGAGAAAUUACCGAGAAAAGGAAAAAAAAAAACAUAAGAGGAGAAAUCUUUGGUUGGAUUUUGAACAGAGUAGUGUUAGUAUAAGAGGAAGAGAAAAAUGGCCUGGCCUUGGCCCUUGGCCUUUCUUUUUUUUAGGAAAUAAUUUUGGUCAAUGUACAGAGAAAAAAAAAGAGAGAAAGUGAAAGAAAGAGAGGGAAAGACAUGGUGAGUUGAGCUCGAAUCGGAGUUGAGUCCUGGAAAAGUAAAGUGAAAAGAAAAGGGUAUAAGAAAAAGAUGAACUUUGAUGAGAGGAAAUUGAGAGUUUUGGGUCUAAAACUCCUAACUUUUGUUUAUCUAUAUCUAUCUAUGAUGAUGGAUAUGACCUUUGUUUUUUCCUACUCUGUUUUUCCAGAAGAAUGAAACUUAAGAAGAAGAAA